AUGAUUUUCAAUGUAAAAAAACAGCUUAAACCUCACCCUCUCUUUUUUCCGUCUCUUUAUCUUUCUCUCUUACUUUCAAGUUCUGUUCGCUACCGGGUUACUCUGAAAGGAAAUCUAUCUAUCUAUCUAUCUAUGGCUGAUUUCGACAUAAUCUAUCUAUCUAUCUAUCUAUCUAUCUAUCUAUCUAUCUAUCUUCUGCUCAUGCGUCUUCUUUUUCGUCUGUAUUUUUCUUCAUUCCUAUUUUUGAUCUCUUCUUGUUCAUCUUCUUCCUCGAUUUCUUCUUCAGUUUCCUUCUGCUAUUCUUUCAGGUUUUUCUUGCAGUAUUUUAGUUUUUCCUUCUUAAUUUCACUCAUUUCCAUCCCUUCUUCUUUAUCAUCAUUUUAUUUCUUCACUUUCUUUUUCACUUUUCUCUUUUCCUCAUUUAUUUUCUUUUUCGCCAUUUUUCAUGUCUUCUUCAUCUUUCAUUUCUUAUCAAUUAUCCUUAAGUUUCCCCUUCUCUUCUUUAUUUGCUUCAUUCUCAGUUUUCGUCACUACUUCUUUCUUUUACCUAUUUUUAUCAUUUAUUCUUCGUUUCAUAUUUUCCAUUAUUUUCUUCCUUAUUUUUUAAAUCUCUUCUUUUUCAUCUUCUACUUUCCUUUUCUUAUCACUUAUUCAAUGUUUUCUUUUCUUCUUUCUUUUCUCCUUUCUCCUUAUAUGUUCUUCUCCUCCUCCUCCUCUUCUUCUUCUUCUUCAUCUCUUUCUUCGUCUCCUCUUCACCCUUUUUCUCAUCACCGACUCGUUUUUCUUCUCUCUCUAUUUUUAUUAAUACAUUUUAUUUCUCCGUUCUCCUUCUUUAUCUACUUCAUUCUCUACAUUCUCUUCUUCUUCUUCUUCUUCUUCUUCUUCUUCUUCUUCUUCUUCUUCUUCUUCUCCUCCUUCUUCUUCUUCUUCUUCUUCUCCUUCUCCUUCCUCUUCUUCUUCUUCUUCCUCUUCUUCUCCUUCUUCUUCUUCUUCUUCUUCUUCUUCUUUUGUUUGUUACGUCAUUCUUCUGAAUCUCUCGAGGCUGCUAAUAUCUAUCUAUCUAUCUAUCUAUCUAUCUAUCUAUCUAUCCCUUUUGAGACUUCAAAUAUAUCUAUCUAUCUAUCUAUCUAUAUCUAUCUAUCUAUCAUUUCUAAUAUUUCUGUAUCCCAAUCUCGUUCUAUCUAUCUAUCUAUCUAUCUAUCUAUCUAUCUAUCUAUCAGCUUUUUCAAUUCUCUCUUGUUAAAUAAUAUUUCUGUUCACAUAUCUCUCAUCCUAUCGAAUUCAAUUAGAAUCUAUCUAUCUAUCUAUCUAUCUAUCUAUCUAUCUAUUCCAUUCGGUCUCACUAAUCUAUCUAUCUAUCUAUCUAUCUAUCUAUCUAUCUAUCUAUCUAUCUAUGUAUCCACCCUUCUUUCUCUUAGCGCCAGCCCUUGUCAAGUGACCCCAUUCGCCUGCGAGUCACAGACGCAGGUUACAUUAUUUGCCAUCAACUUCCAAAGUCCAGACAAGUGUCUCAUUACGACUUUAGAUGUAGUAAAAAUAUUCUACAUAGGUAACUCUUGUUCAUAUCUAUCUAUCUAUCUAUCUAUCUAUCUAUCUGCCUCCGCUUUUCAUAAUUUAUCUCUCAUUCUUUAUCUCAUUCUAUUCUAUCUAUCCGUAUAUCUAUUUAUCUGCUUCACACUGUUCAUAAUCUAUCUAUCUAUCUAUCUAUCUAUCUAUCUAUCUAUCUAUUAG